AUGGCCGCCCCCCGCUCCGCCGUCCUGACGGUGGCUGUCCUGGCCGCCUGCGGCGCACUGGCCGCCACCUUCGUGCCGUCCCCGGCGCGCCAGGCGCCGGUGCCGGUCGCGGCGCUGAGCGCCGCCGCGCUCGUGGCCCCGACGGCCGCACACGCCGAGGGUGAUAGCGUCUGGAUCCCCGCCCUCUCCGCCGUGGGCGCCGGCUUCGCCAUCGGCUUGGCCGCGAUCGGGAGCGGCGUCGGCCAGGGCAUCGCCUCCGGCCGCUGCAUCGACGGCAUCAGCCGCCAGCCGGAGGUGGCGGACGACCUCCGCGGCGUCCUCCUGCUCUCCUUGGCCUUCAUGGAGUCGCUCACGAUCUACGGCCUCGUCAUCGCGCUGGUGCUUCUCUUCGCGAACCCGCUCAUCAAGUGA